AUGGGUGGUGAAGCUCAAAAAGAUUGUGAUAAUACGCUUGGGAGCACAGAGAAUUUAUGUGUUAUUGUAGAACCAAGCGAGCACAUGGAAAUGGCUGGUAUUGGAAGCCACGACAGUGCAAGUAGCUCACAGAUAUCGACUCCAGAGGCAGAGUUUGAAGCACAGGUAUGCACUAAACUCAUUGAAAAGGUCACUAAUUUGAGGAUGGAUGUUAAUGCAGAAGUUGCAAAACAUUUCCGCCUAGGUGACGAAAGACGCGACCAAAUUGAGUCCGUAGUAGAACAGAAGAUAGGGCGUAUUUUAAAAAGACUGCAGCGGUUUAAGAGAACCAUUGAGGCUCGCAGCUGUUCCGUUGCCGCAUUGGGCGUAGUAGAGCAAUACCUUGAAUGGAGUAAGGAAGAAGAAUUAGCUAGUAAGCUAGAACAACUCUUGACGGCUGAGGGCACCCUCAACAAAAUUGUGAGGAAACUUAACUGUGGAAAUACAGACGUUAAGCAUCGAGUAAAAGGCUACUCAAAAACGAAAAGUUUCUUAACAGAUAAAUGCACACGGAAAGAUGAGGAAAUUCGAGCACUAAAGGAAGAACUCGAAAAGCAAAAGCGGCGAGUGGCGGAAUUGGAAAGCCCUAAGAACUGCGAAGGACAGCAAGCUUACCGAGCGGAGUACCAGAGUGGCUGGCACAAGCGGGAGAAAAAGAAGGCCUGUCGUCGCGGGAUGUGCAGCAGUUCGUCGAGGAGGAGCUGCACGAGUCUCAGUACGUUUUAUGACUCUACUUUGAGCUCAAAUGAAGAACGUAUGAAUGAGAGUAAAAAACGAGUGCCACAUGGAAAACAUCGGGUGGGAGCCCAGAAUGUAAUGGGAGAAUACCUAAAGUUUAUAGCAUUGCCGGAUGUUGUGCCAUACUCGGGAAAAGAUAAAGAGUACCCGUUUGAACACUUUGUAGAAGCGUUCGAGUUGAAGUACCCUGGUCAAUACUGGGAAGACAAAGAGCGCUGUGCGUUAUUCAGAUCAAAGUUAGCGGGUAAAGCAAGGGCGCAAUUUGAGGCGCUAGCUAAAGCAAAGAAGCGUAACUUCUACACAUUAGUGAAUGCGAUGAAAGAGGUGUGUAGGGAGGAAUCGCGCAAUAAAAAAGUGGUUGCGUUAGGUGAACUAAAACGCCUGCGGAAACCAGAGACACAGUCAGUCGGGGAUUUCUGUGUUGAACUAGAAAGACUGACGCGCCGAGCAUAUCCCGAGCUGGGAGAAGACACAUUGUCAAUAAUA